AUGGUGCACCCUUGUUGCCCAGUGCCCGCUCUCCUCUCCCGCAGGGCGGGCGGGUUCUUCCGCCAUGCACAUCCCCUUUCUGCGUCUCUUGCUUCAGCUGGAGGUUCCACCCGGGGUCUCGUGUUUUUGGCCCUUGUGGUACUGAGCACCGCAGCACCGUUCACAUUCCCAUUUCGAGCGGGCAUGCACCCUGUCUCCGCCCUCAACCCUUCAGCCUCUCCCUCGUCCCUACCUACAGCCUUUUCGUCUGCGCCGCACUCGGCAGUCGCGUCUCUGGCUUCUUUCAGAACGCUCACAUCUUUGCCGCAUGCCUCUCACUCGUUGCCUGUGGCGCCACACCGAAUGACGCCUCAGUCUCCGGACCGGUUGCCGCCUGCCUUCGUCGCUUCGGAGGUGUCCGCUUUCGCUUCCCGGGCAGACGCCUCUGGGGCGGCAACGUCUCAAACUGCGUCGAGUGCGUCGUCGCGCCUGUCUGCCUCGGUGGCCUCGUCGGGCGCGGCUGGCAUCGCCGCUUUUCAGCCACCGCGGAUUCCGGUGUUUCGCGACCUGCCGACGUUCUCUGCGUCGGUUCUGUCGUCGGCUGCCGCGCGCGGAACUGACCGCGCCUGCUCUGCAAGAUUGCCUGUUUCUCUGAACGCGGCAGCGGGGGCAGGGAAGGAGGGAGACACGGGUGUUUUCAGCUUCCCGGGACGAGAGUGUCUGUCGCCCCAGCAGCAGCACCGCGAGCUCGUGUCUCCGUACGUGGGUCAGAUGCUCCUGGAGGACAUGCUUGUGGGACGAAUGCUGGAAGAUGCAUGCGCGCGUCUGUACUACAUGGGGAAGACUGCCGGAUUCGUUCACCUGUAUACUGGCCAGGAGGCCGUCAGCUCUGGAGUCAUCAAGCUGCUGCGGCGAGACGACGCGGUAGUGUCGACGUACCGCGACCACGUGCAUGCCACGAGCAAAGGCGUGCCCGUCCGGGAAGUCAUGGCUGAGCUUUUUGGCAAGGCGACCGGCUGCAGCAAAGGCAGGGGAGGCAGCAUGCACAUGUUUUCGAAGCCGCACAAUAUGAUUGGAGGGUUCGCGUUCAUUGGAGAGCAAAUUCCAGUUGCUCUCGGAUACGCCUUCAGCGCCGCAUACAGGAGAUUUGCAAUGGGCGACAAAAACGACCCCAAUGCCGACCAGGUCACCGUGUGUUUCCUGGGAGACGGCACGACCAACAUGGGUCAGCUGUAUGAGGCGCUGAACAUUGCUGCUUUGUCCAAGCUCCCUAUCGUCUUCGUUGUUGAAAACAACAACUGGGCUAUCGGAAUGGCAGCGCAGCGGAGCACUGCUAUUCCAGCUGUUUGGCAGCGUGCGGAGUCUUUCGGUGUCGCCGGUGUCGAAGUAGACGGCAUGGACGUCCUAGCCGUGAGAGGCGCAGCCCGCCGGGCAAUCGACCGCGCGCGCCGAGGAGAAGGGCCUACUCUCAUUGAGGCACUUACGUACAGGUUCAGGGGCCACUCAGUAGCAGAUCCAGACGAAAUGCGGGCAGUCAAGCAGAAGGAAGCUUGGGUGGUCCGGGACCCGAUUAAAUCCUUUGAAGAGGAACUCAAGCGCCUCGGUUAUGCGACCGACGAGACAAUCGCGGCGACUAGGGCUAAGGUGAAAGCGCUAGUUGACGAUGCUGUGAAGUUCGCAGAAACGAGUCCGGAUCCAGACGUUCAGGAAUGCGGGCAGUUCAUUUUUGCACCGCCAUACGCAGACGCAGGGAAGCCCGAGCCGAUGACAAAAGAGCAGCUUCACGAGUAUGCUGUGGCGCUCAAGCAGGAACUAGAUUUCAAAGCCCGCGUGAGAGCGGGGGAUAAGACGCCCCAACCGUCUGCCCUUCAGAACCCGAAUCCACCCGUCGUGAUUGACUAG